CUGUGAUGCUUGCAGGGAGCGCAAAGUCAAGUGCGACGCGACAGAGACAACGGCAUGUUCCGAGUGCUCCAGCAGAAAUCAUAAAUGUCAGUUCACCAAGGAGACAAACCGCCGCAUGUCUUCUAUCAAGCAAGUCCAAGAUCUGCAAAGCAGAAUCGCUGAACUCACGGAGGAGAACGCUCUCUUGCGGACAAGACUCUCUGACCCAAAGGGUCCAGAACCAAAGGGGCCAAUAGGGAAGGCUCACCACCGAACGGAGUCUGUUUCAUCUGAGUCGGGACAAUCGCAGAAGCGCCCAGUGCCAGUCAUGAAAGGGUUCGAUAGAGUACGGCAAAACAUCGAAAACUAUGCACAUGGUAUCUUUGACUCUCCGUUCCACCAGGACAACCGAAGUGCGUCGACCAUUGGUCCAUCCACGUUUUCCGAUUUACCAUCUCGAGCCGAGUUUGUCCAACUCUCGCGCGCCUACUUUGAAUCAAUUCACCGAUUAUAUCCAAUCUUCGACUGGUCUGCCUUCCGACAAGAAGCGGAACAGGUGUAUAAUGAAAGGAGCCUACUAGGAAAGCGACAAGAAUGGGUUGGCUUGCUUUUCGCCGUGUUGGCUUGCGCGUCUUUGCAUGACGUGCACCCUCCGACUGGUUCCCAACAUGCCCCUCGAAGCUCGGCAUACCUUAGACUGGCUAGCCAGUCAGUUGAUCCAUUCCCGCAGAAUGCUUCCGUCCACCUCGUAUCUGUAGCGUUUCUGCUGAGUUUGUUCGCAACAGAGCGCAAUAUGAAGACAGCGGGAGCAGCGUGGCUGGCGUCCACUGUGAAAAUGGCACAAGUAUUGAGGUUACAUGUGGAAAUAGAUGCUCCUCCGGCCGAAGCGGAAAUGCGGCGCCGCCUUUGGUGGUCGGUAUAUACUCUGGAUAGAUUGACCUUCCUGGAUUCGAGCCUUCCCAUGUGUAUCAAAGAUGCGGAUUGCAGUAUCACCCUCCCCGCCGCACUCAACUCUCCAGGAUAUGGUCAUUCCGCAGAUGAAGAUACCUUUAGCGUCGCGCUCGCCCUCUUUCACGUAGCCCGCCAGGUUACGCAUGUUGAGCAGGCACUCAGAUCCGUCAUUGUUACCCCUCAAAUGCUUCAAGACAUUGAUGAGAGACUCCAGUCCGUUUUCCGAGUUCUGCCGAGACCAUAUCAACACACGCAUGACACGCCCCUGGAUCCAACAUUGUUACCUCCUCUCCUAGCCCUUCAAAGCGCACGCUUUCUCGCGUACAGGCAUAACCUGUCUCCUGUCUGCCGACAAUCAGAACGGAUGGAAGCUCUUCAGCGCUGUUCAUUAGUAGCGCAAGAUACUUCGACUCUCAUAUCACGGGCGACGCAUAUAUCAUUUGGCACGGCUAGCCCAGGAGGAUGGCAAGCCAAAGCGUUGCACUUGGCCUCAAACAUGAUAUGCAUGCACCUUUGGAGAUGUAUACUCAUCUCCUGCUUUUGUGGCGACUACGAGACCGCAUUGAGUUGUGCGCGUCUCGCAGCCGCCAUUGGCAGUACACGCAAGGUCAAUGGGGCGUGCGGGAAGCACCUUGCCUUUUUUCUUGGUCAUCUAUUCGAGAGAGUACGCAGUGGUAACUGGGACCACCACCUCCUCGAGCUGGACGAAGAGAUGCUCGCCUACGCGAGCGGUGACCUUCAAGGCCACUCGCAGCAAGCCUGGGUCUGGGAGGGUCGCAGUGAGACGGCGGAUCCAUCUCCGAUAUCCCCACCGCAUCCGAACGCACAAUCUCACCAUGGCCAUGGAGAACCAAUGCAAGGGAAUGAUUUGGAAUCAGACUGGAGCGACUGGGCGGGUAUCGAGCAUCGAAUUCGACAAAUCCAAGAAGAGCACCGCGCUCGAGUUGGACAGCCUUCGUUUUAUCAUUCGCCGCCGCAUAACCCAGGUAAAAGGCUGCAGUUGACGAGUGAUACUGCGGCCUCGAUGACGAGGGCGGAGGCAGGGCCGCAACGAACACCGUCGGAUCGAAGUCGUAUCAGUAUCGCGAAUAUUAUAUGA